AUGACCAAGUCGCUCGUUACCGGCGGCACCGGCUUCAUUGGCCUGUACGUCGUCAAGCUGCUCCUCGAACGCGGCCACCGCGUCCACGCCACGGUCCGCAGCCUGGAGAACACCGCCAAGUGCAAGCCGCUGCUGGACCUGCAGUCGCAGUACCCAAAUAGUCUGUCCCUGUUCGAGGCCGACCUCUUCAAGAACGGGUCUUUCCGCAAGGCCAUGGAGGGCUGCGAGGUGGUGUACCACAUCGCCUCGCCGUUCCUGGUGCCUCAGCAGAUCAAGGACGGACUGAAGGACUGCGUCGAGCCGGCUCUUCAGGGCACCAAGUCUGUCCUGGAGUCCGCCAACAAAGUCGAGAGUGUCAAGCGUGUUGUCUUGACAUCUUCAGUGGCCGCAAUGUAUGGGGACAACGCCGACGUCCUCAAAGAGGACAAUGACACCCUCACCGAGUCCUGCUGGAACAUGACCAGCAGCGUGAGCUAUUCGCCGUACGCGUACUCCAAGAUGAUCGCCGAGCGAGAGGCGUGGACGAUGCAGGGGCUGCAGGACCGGUGGUCCCUUGUGGUCCUCAACCCGGGCAUGGUACUCGGCCCCUCGCUCACGCCCGAGUCCGUGUCCGGGAGCCACUUCAUGCUCGAGGCCCUGUUCCGCGGCGACAACCGCAUGGGCUGCGCCGACCUCUCGUGGCCGCUGGUCGAUGUCAGGGACGUGGCCGAGGCGCACGUCAUGGCCGGGGAGGACGUGUCGGCGACGGGGCGGUACAUCGUCUCGGGCGACCGCACCGUCAGCCUGUUGGAGAUGGCGGACCUGGUGAGGCCAGUUCAUCGGAACCCCAGAGCCCUGCCCGGUCGGAAUCUGCCCAAGUUGAUGGUCUACAUGGCGGGGCCGUUCAUCGGCAUCACCAAGAAGUGGACGGACGCCAACGUCGGGAUUCCCUUCAGGGUGGACAAUAGCCGGAGUGUCGAGCAGCUGGGGCUGAAGUACCGCUCGGCCGAAGAGGCGUGCCGUUCGUUUUACGAAUCGUGGCAGAAGAAACAGAAGGUCUGCUAG